UCAAAACAGCCAGAAAAGACGAGAUAGCCUACUUUCACUUUAAUACCGUUAGGUCUGUUCAGGGCGCUCAGGUGGAAAUAAUGGACAGAAAUGGCUGAUACGCUAUCUUAAAACAUGUUCUGUAUAGACAAAAGAAUAUUUUUGCUUAUAUUUUUAUGGGUUCACCCUUUUCUUAGCGAAAGCGAUGUGCUGCAAGAGAAGUACUACCUCCAUUACAUGUUUACAGCCCUGACCUAAAGCAGACACAUUCCCAGAGUUCAGUGCUGUGGUUGUUGCUAAUGGCAGACAGGUCAAACACUUCAGUGAUGAAGAAAAGAGCUUGGGUCAGAGACGGUCGGACUGUUUCUGACUGGACAAAUUCACCUAAAGAUCCACCUGAUUCUAGAGACUGGUUCCUACAUCAGAUCAGGACUCUGACAAACUGCACAAACUCACAGUGUUCUGAGCUUCAUGUUCUUCAGAGAAUAAUUGGCUGUGAACUGGAGAAACUUCCUGAUGGAACGGUGAAUCUGACUGUCUUUGAUGAAUAUGGAUUUGAUGGAGAGGAUUUUAUAUCCUUUAACUCUGACACUAUGAAGUGGAUUGAUAAAAACCCCAAAGCCAAAGAAACCUAAAGAGGAAUGGG